CCGUAGAUAAUUAAAGAACCCAACCAAUUCCAAGCACAGCGAAACAUUUCAACAACUAACAAAAAUGUUUUCGGCUUAAAGUGAAUCGCCCGUCCAGUAAUCAGGAAAAUUAAUAUUCUACAGAAACCACAGGUAACCUAGAAUGAGUGAAAGAAGAGAAGAAAAUGUUCAGACAGACGUACCAUCACAAAACCACCAGAUAGAUGAGAGUCAAAACCACACAGGAAAAAGUUCGCCCGAGAGCACACGAGAUCUGGACGAGAAUUCAAGUCAAGAUGGGGACGUCAGACUGUUUGAAGGAGAAAAGACAGGAAGUAGUGAAAUUAAACGAGAUCUGGACGAGAAUUCAAGUCAAGAGAGGGACGUCAAGCUGUUUAAAGAAGAAAAGACAGGAAGUAGUGAAAUUACACGAGAUCAUGACGAGAAUGAGAAUUCAGGCAAAGAUAUUUCGACCUUUGAUUGCGUAGAAGAUAAAAAGACAAAUGCUCGAAAGAAAAACGAAAGGAGUUUAUGGUUCCUACUAAAGCGAGACAAAAUCUACAGAAAGAAGUAUAUUUUGACUGUGGCAUAUAUUUUGUCCUUUCUCACUCUAGGAUGGGUGGAGGGUCAAUUCGGUCCAACAUUCCCUGACAUCCUGUUGAUAUCUCGCACAUCACUAGAGAAAGGAUCGCUGUUCUUUACCAUGGGAACGCUCGGCUAUCUGAUUGGCUCACUCAUAAUGGGCGUAGUCUUUGAUAAAAAGAUUCUGGACCGGAACUUGCUGAUGUUUCUAGCCACGAUGGGUUACGGGGUUAUCAUCGCUAUAGUCCCGUGGUGUAGUCUGUUUGAAGCCAUGGCUUUUAUACACGUGAUGAAGGGAGCGUUCGGAGGCGGAUUAGACACGUGUGGCAAUGCUGGUCUUGUAGUAAUAUGGGGCUCAGAGGGCGAUUCUUUCUUCAGUGCAUUACACUUUGCAUUUGCUUUUGGCGGGAUUCUGUCUCCUUUGGCUUCUGCGCCAUAUCUGAUGUCAUUUGGCGACGAAGUAAACAAUACGUUCAUUGAUGGAAAUAACUCCAUGAUGAAUUUUACCAACAACAACAACAAUACGUGGUUAAAUGAAACCAAGUCCAACAUGAGUAAUUUGACAGCAGUAACACAAAAUGAGCAAACAUCGCAAAUUUAUAUUCCAUACACCAUGACAACAGUCCUUUGUGUUCUGACGUCACUUCCUUUUCUUGUCUUCAAAUUCAUGUCUUUGCAAAAGAAGAUCGAAAGACAGAAAGGAAACCCCGAAGAAGAAACAACAAGCAAAUCAGAAAGUCGUCUAAGAAUUGUGGGAUUUAUAAACAUGGUAGUUUAUAUUAGCGUAUACGUUGCGGUGGAAAACACCUUUGCCGGAUUCCUUACAACGUUCGUAGUUAAAGAGCUGAACUGGACCAAUUCUCAAGGCAGUUACAUCACUUCCGGCCAUUGGGCACUCUUUGCGACGGGUCGGUUUCUAGGGAUAUUUCUUGUGCGAUUUUUCAGCCCAGCGAAAAUGAUUUUUACCUAUAACAUGAUGAUGCUUAUAUCACUACUUGGCUUCCUGCUGACGUCAUUACACGGGGUUGUAGUCGGUGUAUGGGCUUUUACAUUGCUUACUGGCUUUUCCAUGUCAGUGGUUUUCCCUACUGUGUUCAUGUGGACGGAACAACGGUUUUUACGGGUCACGGGGAAGAUAGCCUCCAUUUUCCUUGUAGCGGCGUCUGUGGGUUUCAUGGUCAAUCCGCUAUUUCUUGGCAUGCUGAUGGAAACCUUCAGUCCAAUGUGGUUCAGUUAUCUCUUGUUUGGAGAAACCUUCUUGUUGAUGUCUCUAUUCUUUACGGGUUUGUGUAUAUCACGGAAAAUCUCCUCAAUAAAACCGGUCCAGACGGAGCAAGAAAUCUCAAUUUUGAACGAGAAAGGGGAAUAACCUUGUUCAGCUUAUCUUUAUCUCAAUAAUGCAGCAUCACUCUAAAAAAUGUACCGGUGUUUUUCCUCAUUAAUACCCGGUUGUAUC